UCUAUUAAAAUAACUGGAUACAGUAUUGCUAGCUUGUAGCUGCCUCGAGUUGACGUAGUGGCCACUCAGUGGUACUACAGUCGAAAAAAUCCCAUGGGCCGAGAGAAGAUUUUUCUCAUAGAGCGCAAUGUAAUCACAACCUGCUCGUGUUCGGCUGACAGGGCACCUACAACUUUCAAAAAUGUCGGAUUUUGUGGCGAUUUUUACCUAUUUUUAGAUCAUAAACUUUUUCUCGCUCAAAAUCCUUCAGUUGUCUUAAAAAAACGCUUUAUAUUCGUUAGCUACGGCUCCGCUCUCGUUCCUCUCGCUCUGAUUGGUCAAAGCGAUCACGUGAUACACGAGCCCGCGCUCCUUGCGUGUGGUCGCGUGCAUUCGCGUGUGCCCGUGGGAGAAAAGAGCACUACUGCACAUGCUCGGUCGGCCCACAGUUACCGGAAGUACCUAGCCGGGCUAGGCUAAUCUGAGAUCAUGCGCCAUUGAGCUCAGCCCAUUGACUUGAAUGGGCGGCCAUUUUGGAACCUCGGGGCUUGGUGCUUCCUCUGACAUAAAGCAGCAAUUAAAGUGACAUCAAGAGUGACUUUAGUGAAGCUGUCAACAAACAAAACGAGGUGGCUCGGCUCUCCGGUGCCAGUUCAUCUGGUGACAGGUGAGCGCCAUUUUUAAAAGAAGCCAGCAUACAUCUGUGGCCACGUGACCACGCCCACCUGGCGGGAAUCACCAUGACAACUAUCCCAAGCCCCAGAUCCAUGCCCAACCCCCUGUGAUGUCUCCAACCAGCACAGCCUCCCCGUGCACGGCAUGUCUGAUCAAGCGGCAUAAUCUGAACCCAAACCAGGCUACAAUGGAGGCGUCGUCCUGUUGAGCAAAUGCGACUGUGCACGAUAAAGACACUGCGAGUCUACUGUACAAUGAACGGGGACAGAGGUACGCACAACGAGAUAUCCCAGUCAACGUAGUUCCAUCGGGACAGCAGGAUAGACCACUAUGGCUCCGAUAAAGGCGGUAUUAAUCGUGUUACUUCAUGGCGUUUUUCAGUUUGCUCUCUGCCGUGAUGUGACUCUUCCCAUCGGACCACUGUACCGCGUGGCAGGUUUCCCCGUCUCCUUGCCUUGUGUGGUGUCUGAGUACGAAGGCUCAAGAAAGCAGGACUUUGAGUGGUUCUUAUACAGAGAUGAUGCCGGUGGGAGACAGAUGGGUGUCAUUUCCACCAGGGACCCAGGUUUUCCCUACGCCCCAUUUCAGUCACGGGUGAGGAACGGUGAGGUGAGGGUGGAGAGGGAUUCAGACGCUCGGGUCCGACUGGUGAUCCACAGGCUGCGUACUGAAGACCAGGGCAGGUACGAGUGCUACACGCCUAGCACGGACUCCACCUUCCAGGGCAACUACAGCAGCUUGGUCACAGUCAAAGUGAUCCCUGACACACUGCAGAUCAGCUACUCUCGCUCGCUCACAGGACAGCCACUGCCACAGGGGGCUGAAUUAACUCUGACUUGCUCUGCCAGUAUCCAAUCGGAACAGCUCACUCAUCUGUCCGUCAUGUUUGGGAAGCGCGGUGAAACAAGUGACAGAGAUGCAGAGAUCAUCUCCAUUGACAAGAUGCUGGGGAUUGUGCCUGGAAGUUCAUACCAGAAGCGUUAUGACGACGGAGAGAUCUCAUUGGAGAAGAGGAACGUGGAGGGCGGACAGGACCUGUACGUGAUGAAGAUGAGAGGGGUGCGGGCGGAGGACAGGGGCUCAUAUUUCUGUGAGGCCUCCCAGUGGAUCCGGGAUCCUGAUCGAUCGUGGCAGAAAAUCGCACAGAGAACACUGGAUAUUGGCAAUUUGACUGUCAAUGAACUAGAUGAUAUUAUAAAAGUGAUGCCCACGCCCCAGGGAGUACUGACCUUGCAGAUUGGUGCCCCCCUGCUCCUGACAUGUGAAGUGCAGGGUUUACCGUCUCAAAUCAACUAUGGACUUUUGGUUCAGUGGUUGGUCAAUGAUGGCACCAGAAGUAAAGAGGUGGGGUUAGUGUGGAUAACCCCCGCUGGUGUGGUGAGCUGGGGGGACGAGCUGAGCCAGGGCAGAGGCUCACUGGAGAAAGUGUCUGAAGGCCGAUACACUCUCAAAUUGUUCUCGGUGCAGCCCGCAGACUCUGGCUCUUACCGAUGUGCGGUCAGCUUUUACGCUCCAGACAUAAGCCUCAGUCCAUCUACAGCACCCAUCUACUCCCAGCACUCUGAGGCAGUCACUGUCAAUCUGCGCACUAAAGAUGUACGUGUCUUUGCAGUGGUUCAGCUGCCUCGUGGUCCCCUGUUGAAAAGAGGCAGUACCAUCACUUUAAUUUGCAACGUGACUAUUGUAACUACAGGCCCUGUCCAGGCGCAGGUGCAGUGGGUGCGCUCGCUCAUUCCCAAACUAGUCAUGAAGAAAGACCAAAGUCCAUCCUCAGACAUAUCAAUUCCUGACCAACCGAUCGAAGUUACACCUGAGCCUGUAGCUACUUUGAGGCAUGAUGGUGUGACCCAGGUAUUCUCCAACAGCAGUGAGGUUAGCGUGGACCGGCUAACUGUGAGCAGCUACAGGCUUAGGGUGCAUGUGGCCCGCCCAGCGGACCAGGGCCUGUACGCCUGCCACGUUCACGCCUGGGGGCAGGAUCCACAUGGAGCAUGGUACAACACUGGGGUCAAAGCGGAGUCGAACACAGUCACUGUUUAUCUCUAUGCUCGGGUGGAGGAUCUGCUCCUCAUCCCUCUGGUUGUGGGCGUGUCUUCUGCGUUGUUUGUUGGGAUCGUCAUCAUCUCGACAGUGACCUGCUGCUUCAUGAGACGCCUGGCCAAACAGAGAGCCCGAAAAUAAAACAAAUACUGCUGCCUACACAAAGGAAAGUUUUCCUUUGUAUGGCUGGAAUGAUCUGGAGUCUAAACUAACACCUAGCUUCCUGUGUACUGAUCUAUUUGUUUGAUUAUCAAUGCCAAAAAAUCGGUUUAUACUUCUUUUUAAUUCACAUCUAAAUUUUGUAGUAGUCAAUUCCAGUGAAAAAAAGUUUAUUUUUUUUAGUUUUUAUGUCCCCCUAUUGUUUUUGUAGAUACUUUGUGUUUUUCAAAGAUAAUACUGCCUUUUUGUGAAAAAUCCCCUAAACAGAUGAAGACUGUUACUCUAUUUUGAACUGUUUACAGCCCCUCACUGUUUUUAGUUAAAACAAAUAUUUAAAAUUGCGACUGCCCACAUCAAACAUAGUCUAAAUAUAUGUGCACGCGUUGUCCACUGUUGCUGACUUUUGGAGAGAACAUUUGAAAGUGUCUCUGCAGCACUGGUCAGUGGUGUAAGCAAAGUCUCUCUUUGACUUAAUAAGGAAGGCACCGGCCCAGGACUGGCUCAUACCAGGCCCAUUGACUACCAUCUCUGUAUACACAGGCACUCUGUGUAUCUUCACAAUGUACUAUUUUUUUCUACAUGCAUUGGUUAUGUAGACAGAAAUGCACUGAGCAGAAACAUGUUUUGUUUUUUUGUUUUUUGUCACUUUUAGCUGUUUGUUUUUACAGUUUGUUUGACUCUCGUGCUGUGUGUGAGUUUAGCAUUCUGCAGCUGUCCCAUGUGAAGCACUUGGACUAAUGUGGGCCCCCCCGUCCUCUUCUUACUUGAGUUUCUUUCAGUUGAACAGUUACUUGCUGUACUUGAGCUUUGUUGUACUUUUUAUUUUGUUUGAGUAAUGGUUACUUUGCUGUUUAAAAGUGAAGUAAAACUUGAACUGUGGAAAAACAGCCUCUUAUGGUACUUGUAUCUCAUCGUGCAAAAACAGUAUAAUGUGGAACUCUUACGCCUGAGAUGAACCCGUUGCUGUGCACUGCAGUCAUAUGACUAGAUGAAGGUCUGCUGUUUCCAGUGGUCACAUGAUUAAAAUUAAUGACUUGAGCCACUGUGGCUAGCCCCAGGAAAUCUGCUGGACACAUUCACUCUGUGGUCAACACUUAAGUGGAUCCUGCUCCCUGCAUUCUUCCUCUCGUGCUCCAUUAACACUGAUACAGUAUGCUGAAGGCAAAUGUCUUUUCCAAAUUUGUUUGCACUCAUUUUUUAUGUGUUAAUUUUAUUUGUAGCCACUGUUAACCACCUGUCUCUCUCAUGGAUGCUUUUAAAUGUGGAUUCUACAUGAACCUGUGCUUUCUAAACUGACUUUUAAGGUUCUCUGUAAUGAACAAGUAAACACAUUUGUGCUUGUUUCCGGAGCCACUUUGUUCCAGAUCCACCACUCAAAGCUGAUUUGCUGCUCCGACAUACUCACCCACGACAUGUUUACACGCGGGAGCCUCAGAUACACGUGCACUCUGCCAGUGCACGGUGCUGCUGGCUCAUAUUUCUGAUGGGAAUAUCUGUGUCCCUCUCUAAUCCCAUGGCCCUCCCCCUCUGCUCCUCUGGCUCAAUUCAUUUCAGUUUGUGUUCAGGGGAAUUACAGUCAGCUGGAAAAGUUAAGCUGUGCAUAAUACAAGAUACAUGUUGUUGCUGUAUGUAUGAAUGAGUGAUCCACACUUUAGUCAUGUAUACACGCUGAAACUGUUCCUGAAUGGAGUUUGUGUUGAGUUUAAUAAACUUGCUCACUUUUUCAUGGUGCUUUGGUAAACCUGCCAACUGAAAAACCAAUAAACAACUGUGGAUCUA